AUGUCAAAUGAUGAUGAAGUCGACUAUGAUGACAAAUUUAUGGUAGAAACUGAAAAUGAUUCAGAGAUGCUCUCCCAACAGAAUGACGACCUUAAAGCCAAAUUGGAUCUAGCUAAAAUUGAAAUUAAAAAAUUGCACCAAAGAACGGAACGCUUACAAGAUCUGGUAAAGAAGCAAGACGGGCGAAUAUAUGGAGGUUCUGAUAUUGCGAGCGCUAAACUCGUAGAGUUGAGUAAAAAGAAUAGAAACCUUCAUGCCGAACUGGAAUCCACGAAAAUGCGAUACUCCAGCGUCCAAGCACGACUCGAGGAAAGCCAAAGCAGAGCAGCACCACCGCCUGCGCCCGAUCCGCCAGCUUCGGUCGAUGCGGCACAACAAGAAGCCAUCAUACGUAAUUUACAGGCUGAAGUGGCGACGUUACGCGAGCAAGUUAGUUUAGCAAAGCAGCGUAUGUUUGAAACCCGCAAUCAGAACCUGGCUCUCAGGGCCGAAUUAAAACAAACCCAGCGUCUUCUGCAGCAGGAAGUUGGCGACGGACUCAUUAUGCAGGGAAACACGCCCACACUACCUUCGACCUGGCGUGGGCGAGCCCAACAAAUUAUCGCCCUUCAAAAUAAAAUAUCUGAUCUACAGCAUAAGUGCGGCCAAACUACUGCUACAGAACAAGCAUGCGUGUCUACGCUACGUCACAUUGAACAGCAACGAAGGACUGUGCAGGAAAACACAGCCAAAGAACUUGCGGCAGCUCGAGCGGAUCUCGACGGUAAAGACCAGAUUAUCAACGCACUCAAGGCGCGUUGCCGAACUCUCGAAAGCGAAAAUGACACCCGCAAGAAGCGCGUUAAAACACUGCUCGAAAAGGCCUCCAAUGACAAUCAAUACAUCCAUGCUAUACAAGCAGAACUCAAUACAUUAAAACAAGACAACAAAGGACAGAAGUCUUCUUCUCAGGAAAAUGCUAGCACCAGUGACUGUCAACGCAGACACGUCCCAGAUCAAGACAAAAACGCGCCUAAUGAUCAUUAUCAAAGUAUUGCUGAAGCCGCGGAAUCAGAGCGGCAAAAUAUUGAAAAGAUCCUGAGCAUCACUCACGAGAGAUUAAAUAAUGAAGUUAGGAAGAGCGUCCUAUCUCACAAAAAACAGGAACAAGAUAACGGCAUAAGCAUGAAUCCGAGCAAAACAUAUCCCACUGAGGUGUGUAGAAUCAUAGACGAAAGAGCGAAGAAGCUCGCUCAUAAGGAUGAUGAUCUUAAGGCAAGUAUACGGGAAGCCAAAGAAGAAGUGAGAGAGUUGCAAGAGAAAGCGGAACAGAUACACCAAAUAUUACUAAAACAGGACGAGCGAAUAUAUGGAGCUACCGGCAUUGCGAAUUUCAAACGAAUUCAAACCCCACCACGCGAGCGUGUGGUAUCGAGUAAACAGACUCGCCAGACUCGAACUCUUUCUGCACGACAAGAACCAAAGAAAAAUAUGCGAGAUUUCAGCGUACAAGUACGCCUCGAGCUCGAGGAAAGCCCAAGGAGAGCUGCUACGCCGCCUGUGAUUGUUAGACCAAAGUCAGCUGAUGUCGCGAAACAAAAGGUCUUAAUUCGUGACUUAGAGAUGCUCUCCCAACAGAAUGACGACCUUAAAGCCAAAUUGGAUCUAGCUAAAAUUGAAAUUAAAAAAUUGCACCAAAGAACGGAACGCUUACAAGAUCUGGUAAAGAAGCAAGACGGGCGAAUAUAUGGAGGUUCUGAUAUUGCGAGCGCUAAACUCGUAGAGUUGAGUAAAAAGAAUAGAAACCUUCAUGCCGAACUGGAAUCCACGAAAAUGCGAUACUCCAGCGUUCAAGCACGACUCGAGGAAAGCCAAAGCAGAGCAGCACCCCCGCCUGCGCCCGAUCCGCCAGCCUCGGUCGAUGCGGCACAACAAGAAGCCAUCAUACGUAAUUUGCAGGCUGAAGUGGCGACGUUACGCGAGCAAGUUAGUUUAGCAAAGCAGCGUAUGUUUGAAACCCGCAAUCAGAACCUGGCUCUCAGGGCCGAAUUAAAACAAACCCAGCGUCUUCUGCAGCAGGAAGUUGGCGACGGACUCAUUAUGCAGGGAAACACGCCCGCACUACCUUCGACCUGGCGUGGGCGAGCCCAACAAAUUAUCGCCCUUCAAAAUAAAAUAUCUGAUCUACAGCAUAAGUGCGGCCAAACUACUGCUACAGAACAAGCGUGCGUGUCUACGCUACGUCACAUUGAACAGCAACGAAGGACUGUGCAGGAAAACACAGCCAAAGAACUUGCGGCAGCUCGAGCAGAUCUCGACGGUAAAGACCAGAUUAUCAACGCACUCAAGGCGCGUUGCCGAACUCUCGAAAGCGAAAAUGACACCCGCAAGAAGCGCGUUAAAACACUGCUCGAAAAGGCCUCCAAUGACAAUCAAUACAUCCAUGCUAUACAACUUAAUAUCAGUCAAGUAGCAAAAAAACAUUCUUUAGAAUUGAGGGAAAAGUCUCUUGAAUGUGACCAGUUGACCAGCAAAAUAGCAGACUUAGAGGCGGAACUCAAUACAUUGAAACAAGACAACAAAGGACAUAAAUCUUCUUCUCAGGAAAAUGCUAGCACCAGUGACUGUCAACGCAAACACGUCCCAGAUCAAGACAAAAACGCGCCUAAUGAUCAUUAUCAAAGUAUUGCUGAAGCCGCGGAAUCAGAGCGGCAAAAUAUUGAAAAGAUCCUGAGCAUCACUCACGAGAGAUUAAAUAAUGAAGUUAGGAAGAGCGUCCUAUCUCACAAAUCCUAUCUAUCAGAGCGAGGAAAGUGUGCACAAUUGCGUAGCCGCCUGAAUAUUCUCGAGCAAGAAUUUAAAAAGCUACGUAAACGACAACACGCAAGAAUGGGCUUACCGAUUGAAUCCUCGUCAUCAACGGGUUCGGUUGCGUUACAAUUAGAAGAGUUGCGAAAUAAGUUGCAAAUAUCCGAAGAAAGAAGCAUAGCUCUAGAUGAAAGAAUAGAAUCUAUUCUUCAAGAAAGAAGCCAUGAUAUUUCUCGAAUAGAAGAUAUGAUUAAAAACACCCGGGAAAUUUUUAAAAGGCAUGAUUCAAAUAGUUAG